AUGUCCCAUUUGUGUCGGGGAAAAUUCCGUCUCAUUUCACUCGGUGCCUGUUACGGUGAGGAAGCACUUACCCUUCACGACCAACAUCGACAUCGACAAAGAGUGCAAGAGGUGUUUGCAUCGUUUCACGAGACCUUGUUUAUUUGCCUGAAACCCAAAUCCAUACAGAGUUAUGGUACCUCAGUUCGCAUUGGUCUGAUUCUGGAUGAUGGUGCAAGCACGGCCAAGCGCAUGAACAGGGCUAUGCAAACUGGUUUGGGUUCGAGACCAUGCUUCUCUGUAAUGGAAAACGUGCCCGGUCCAACAGAAUAUCAUCCAGAGAAAGUGUGUCGUAUUGGCUCGUUUUCCCAAAAGGGACCUAGCUUGGGAUCUGCUAAACGGGAAUUAAACAAGGCCCGCUCGGACGCUCCACCCCCUGGCACUUAUGAUGUGGCAACUUCUUAUGAGAUGAGUCAAACAAAACGUCGAUUAGCCCCACCGCUGACUGUUGAAGGAAAAGCCCGUCAAAGUGCAUUUUUGGUUGCAGCUGAACGUUUCAACAAAUGGUCGAACCUAGGUCCAAAGGAUCCAAAUCUACCAGGACCGUCAGAAUACUGUAUACCGAGUGCGCUGAAUGAGAAGUCGGGCAAAUUCGUCUAUCAAUCGGAACGGUUCAAACCGACAAAGCCAGAGGAUGCGCUUCCGGGACCUGCACACUACCAGGUGAAGGCUUUUAAUUGUUAUUGCUAA